GAUGGUUUUUAGCCUUUCGGCUCGGAAGCUCAGUUCAGUUUGGGCAGCGAGCGCAGUGCGACGUGGAAAAUUGCGGGCUGCCUUUGAGGAGCGGAUGAUGCCACGCAAAGAAACCACGCGACCGUGGAAAGCCAGAGAAAGUGUUCACUAGAAAACAAAGAAAUCUGUAUUAUUUCCCGCGAAAAUUUUGGCCAGAAAAUCGAAGAAGUGAAGAGUGAGCGGCAUUCGAAGCGCGAAAGUAAACUUCAAAUUAAACUGUGAAUUAUAUUACUAUUAAGUUCAUCCAAUCCCAUUGUGGUGCUAGCCAAUAUGCGCUCCUAGGCGUAUACGUGAUAAAAUUAAACCAAAGCCAAUCAUUCAAGGCAGGCAGUUGUUGCACCAAAUAAAAUGAGCACAACAGUAACAGUAAUGACAUUGAAAUGGCGACAGAAAUACAAAAGCAGAAAAAGGCCAAAGAAACUGAAACAACGAAUACUUGCAACAAACACUGCCCCAGCAACAGCAACAGUAACAGUAACACCAACUGCAACAACAAAAGCAACAUUAAACAGCAGACUGAGAGAAACGAGGAGCAAUCAGAAGAAGAAGCAACAACACACAAAAUGGCUGCCAAAUGAGCGACAACGAAGUGUCGCAAAAAUGUUGCAAGUUCUGCAAAAGGCACAUCCAACACAAUGUCACGCAAUUAAAGCAACAGGAAGAGCAGCAACAUCCACAAUGACUUCCAGCUGGUUGCAACACCAGCAGCAACAGAAAAAGCAACUGCAACAGAUACAUCAGCGGCGACAUCCACUUCCGGCGCUGGCGCUGGCGUCGGCCUCGACGCCGACCCUUACGCUGCUGCUCUGCCUGGGCCUCAGCUUGGGCCUGGCCGCCACGGCAGCGGCAGCAGCUGGCUCGGGGGCAGGUACCGGAUCCGGAGCCGGAGCCGGAUCCGGGGCAACAGCUGGCUCCCCCUCCUCCCCAUCGUCCGGCCUUGGCAAACCUGCCAAUUUGCAAAUGGGUCCCAACUCCGCUCCGGCCGGCUGCUCCCUCGCCGAGUUCAGCUGCUCCAAUGGGCGGUGUGUACCGCUCAGCAAGUACUGCAACAACGCCAACGACUGCGGCGACGGCAGCGAUGAGCCGCGAUUUUGCACACGUUGUAAUCGCACCUACUACGGGGACAUCGGACAGACCUACGCCUUGGAGCUGCAUCGUCCCAAGCAGGACCGGGUGCCCUUUGUGUGUGUGCUCACGUUUACGGCGGCAGGAGGCCAGCACGGAGAUGUGGUGCAGGUCACUCUGGACAGCUUCACGAUUGGCAGGUUCACCUCGUACGUGCACGAGGGCUGUCCGGACGGAUACAUGCAGAUAGCGGAGUCGGCCCGGACCCCCAUCGGCGGCAUGUGGUGCGGCACAUCCUGGGGCCCCGUGCUCUUCUACAGCGAGACCCGCUCCCUCAUCUUCACCAUCAGGCUGAACAGACUGGCCAGGGACCAGAGCGGCUACAACUUUGACUUUCGCAUCAGAUACAAGGUCCUGUCCAGGGACAGUUCGGUGACCCGAUACGGUGGCAUUAAGCUGGCAGAGCUCGCCCAGUGGCACAAUCGCAGCAGCUUCCUCAGCCAGCAGCAGCAACAGCAGCAGGCCGGGGGCAUCCUAGAGGACUUCACCAACUCUAGUGGCGCUCGCUCGGAUCGGUACGGACAGGACUUUAGUCUGUUUAGUGCGUAUGCCAACAACAAGACCUUCAUGGACUCGCUGGAGAAGUCGCUGGCGAAGGACGAGCAAAACUACACUGAGCCCAAAUACUAUCUAGGUGACCUUAUUCCGGGGACCUACUGCUCCAGGAUCUUCAGCGACUGCGACAAGAAGGCCUGUCGCCUGCAGUCGCCCAACUUCCCCGGCAUCUAUCCCCGCAACCUCACCUGCUACUACGCAGUGCGACAGCACGACGUGCCCCACGGAAAGCACGCCCUGAUUCUAGUCAAGCAGCCCAAGGGCAAUCUGGUCUGGAUCUCCACCCAGGAAACGGCCACGGCGAACAAAAUGGCUCCGCCGCCCAGUGCCAGCGACAAGGAUAAGAAAUUCGAACCGAGGCUCAAAACAUGGAAUGACUGCGAUUACAUUCAGGAAAAUGUAAAGCCCAAAUGGAAAUCCACGGACUACGUGACCGUGUACGAUGGCUACACCACACGUGACCCCAUCAUAUUGAAGUUCUGCGGCGGCGGUCAGGCUGUGCCGGCGGCAGUUUCAAGUGGCCCGGAGCUUCUGGUCGAGUUCAGCACGUCUCCGUUUGGCACCUUCACCGGCACCUCCUCCCAGGUGCUGCCCCUCUACGGAUUCCAGCUGGAGGUGGAGGUUCAAUUCGUGGACAUCCAGAGUCCCACUUACUCAAAAAACAAGAAACCCUGCGAGUUCUGGAUUCGCGGAGCUGGACGUGGCAUCCUGGAGAAUCCCAAGCACUCGUUGGCUCCCAACUCCACCUGCCUGUACCAUCUGCAGGGCCUUGGGGUCUUCAAGACCUUCGACCACUUGAGUCUAUCCCGCCGGACGAGCAGCCAGUCGGGAAUGCAUCAACCCCUGUCCCGGUUCAAGGUCUGGAUAUCAGUUUUGAAGUUCAACCUGGAUCCGGAGUUCGGGCAGAUCGAUGAGACGUCGGUGGGGGCUAUUGGAGUGCUGCAGACCCAGGAGGAUUGCAGUGGCAUGCUACGCAUUUGGGAUGGAACACUCAGGGAUGCUCCUGUUUGCAAGGAUUUAAACUGUGCCAGUGAAACGACCAGCUACAGCAGCUUAGGACACUAUGCCACCCAAAAUACCACCAAUGUCAUUGCCCGCUUCUGCCGGGGCACCAUUCCCAGGACCUGUGAUCGCUCCAACAUCAAUGAGACCUACGCCCGACCCUGCUCCAUUUCCGAGAGCUAUGUCUCCAGUAGCGACGCCAUCACCUUGGAGCUGCGAAACACCGAAUCCACAGCACUUAGACCCCUGGAUUUCAAGCUGAAGUACGAGUUCAUCGACCUCCAUCAGGAUGGUCUGCCCUGGGGUGGCGGCGAACACGAUUGCAAUCGAAAGUUUCUCAGCAACAUGAUGGAUCGCAAGGAUCCUGCCAUUUUCCGGAGUGUUCGGAACAUAUUUUUAUUCGGAAGAGGCGGCACCCGGAACCUGAAAUGCAUCUACAAGUUCGAAGCACAGAGAGGCGAAAGGGUCAGGAUCAAGUUACGGAAAGUAACAACCACCAAUAGACCUUGUUACUCCAAAGUAGAUGAGGACAUCAACAGAUCCUUCUGCUAUGGAGACACUAAUGUUAGAAUAGAGAUCUUCGAGAGACCCUAUCAUGACUCCAUACUCUUGCAUCGUGGUUGCAUGUGCAACUCCUCCAACGAAUCCCACCUGCCCGUGGAGUAUACCUCCACAAGUCGCGACGUGGAGGUCCACUUCAUAGCCCAAAACAUGACCACCUUGGACGACCCGGACACGGUUAACUUUGAGGGGAUGUUUGAGUUUGUGAAGGCUCCCACCAGCUGCAAAGAUGGACGCCGGAAAUUUGGACCCAGCGGCACCAUAGACAUGACCUUUGGAGACAUUGAAUGCCGAUCAAGACCCUGGCUAAUUGAACCUUCCAACGGGAAUAAGUUCUUGUAUGUGCGUCUCAAGGCCAUUUUCCUGAGCAAACACAAUCCCCUGAAGACCCUGAAUACCACCUAUGUUCAUACCGAUACCUGGAGAUGUGAGACCAAGUCGAGGGCAGUGCUUACCACUUCGGAAGGUCUAACCAUUGUGGCCUGCCCUCUGAGUCCCGAUUCGAGUGCUUAUGAGUACGUGGAGAUCUUCAGCUCGGGUUGGAAUGAAAGACCCAACUUUGCGCUCAUCAACCGAUCUCGUGCCAUCAGCGUGGAGUUCCUGCGUCCCGGCAAUGGGGAGUACUCCUUCAACUGGAUGGAGCUAGUUCCCAGACCCACUCUCAGCAUGGCGGAGGACUGCCAGUUCAAGUGCGCCGAACUGGGCGCCUGUGUGAACGCCAGUGUCUGGUGCGAUGGCGUCGUCCACUGUCCGUCCGGCGAUGAUGAGGCCUUCCUCCAGUGCUCCGCCCUGAUGAAGCUACCAGCCGAAAUCCUGGCCACUCUUUGCCUAAUCUUUGUGCUCUCGUGUUGUGCAUUUGCUGCCUUUGCUUACAAAAAAAUCAAACGCAAGCUGCGCGGCUCCUCGGUGCUGCAGACGCGGCUGAAGUCGCUCAGCUCCAUGGACACGGCGGUGUUGGAUGAAAAGGAGAAAAAAGCCGUCGUUGAGACCAAGAUCUAAGGAUCGGGGAUCCAACCAAAAAAGCAAAGCAAAGCGGGAGCCCAACCGGGCGACCAAAUGGAGGGAGCAGGGAUCAGGGACUCCGAAAGACAACACAACACAGUGUGCAAGUGUGAAUCGGUUGAAAUGCAAUUUUUGUUGAUACUCUUCCUUCGUUUAAGAACUGUAAAUAAAAACAAAAUAGAAAACAAAUAGAAGCUGUAUGAUAUUAACAAUUUUA